GCCGAGCCCAGCCGCGCGGGCGCUGUCGCGCAGGCGCAGUGCGGGCGGCGGCCGGCGAGGGGCGCAGCGGCGCGGGGGCGGUGCCGGGGUCGGUGGCGGCGUGAGGGCCUCCGGCGGGAAGAUGGAGGAGUUCCAGGCGGCAGAGGAGGCUUCCUUUCUUGUUGAUGAAGUCAGCAGCAUCAUUAAAGAGGCCAUAGAGGGUGCUAUCGGUGGCAAUGCCUACCAGCACAGCAAAGUGAACCAGUGGACAACAAGUGUGGUGGAACAAACCCUGAGCCAGCUCACAAAGCUGGGGAAGCCCUUCAAGUACAUUGUGACCUGUGUGAUUAUGCAAAAGAAUGGUGCUGGGCUGCAUACAGCAAGCUCUUGCUUCUGGGACAACUCCAGUGAUGGAACCUGCACUGUGAGAUGGGAGAAUAAGACCAUGUACUGUAUUGUCAGUGCCUUUGGACUUGCAUUAUAAUUGCCUUGGUCAUUCUUCUCUUUUCUAUUCCAGCACUUGAUUCCAUCUCCACUCAAACUGUGAAUACCUGAACUUGUUUUUAAUGCAUUUUUUAGUAACUUUUCUUCAAAGGUAGAAAUUUGAAAACAUGCUGUUACCUGUUUUAUGUUUGUACCUAGUACCAUACCAGUGUUUUCUAUACUUUUUUAUCACUUAAAAACUUCUCUUCAAGGUGCUAAUACUGAAAUCUGCUGCAGUGUAAACACUUUCUCUAGAUUUCUUUUCUUAGACCAAUAUAAAUGAGACACUGACUUUCACACUUUGUACUUUUUGUUAGCAUUAAAUUAUUGAAAUUCAUAA